AUGGCCAUUGCUGUUGUUAAUCCUGUCUCCCAUGAUCCUCUGAUCACAGGAACGCCCGAUGCACCCGUCUCGGAGAAGCCUCGACAUGUUCAGAGUACACUGACUUUCAAUAAACCGAGGGAAGAUGGUACCCCCCACCCCCCCAUUUAUAUUGGGAAGCCAGAAACCUACGAAAGGCAGAUGGUCACAAUCCCUGUUACUAUCCACGAUGUCAGCGGCCAUGAACUCGACUACACCCUCGACAGCCACGGUUUCCAGUUUCAUUACCAUGAGAGCAAGCAGAAGGAAUUCCUCGAUGACGAUGGGAUCAAAGAGCAUUACUAUCCCGAGGUAGAGCAGCUCGUGAAAGAAGUCACGGGCGCCUCCCGCCUCUUCAUCUUCGACCACAUUAUCCGCCGAGCCCCCAAAGACUGGGUCUCCGGUAACCAACCCCGCGGGCCCAUCCAUACUGUCCACAUUGACGCCUCCUAUUUUGGCGCUGAAGCCCGAGUCCGCUACCACUUCCCGGACGAAGCCCCCGAACUCCUCAAAGGCCGAUGCCAGAUAAUCAGUGUGUGGCGUCCAAUCCGUACUAUCUUCAAAGAUCCGCUCGCCGUUUCGGACUCAAAGUCAGCCCCCGACAGCAGCCUUGAAGAGCUGAAGUUUAUCUACCCUGCUUCGGAAGAUGGGCGGGAGGGUGGUUCGUGGUCUGUCAAACCGGAUCCGAAUAUCAAGUGGUACUAUCGCUACAAGCAGCCGCCGAGCAUGGUCACCUUUAUUAAGCUUUUUGAUUCGAAGAAUGAUGGGCGCGCGAAGCGAGUGCCGCAUAGUUCUUUUGUUGAUCCUGAGAUGGAGGAUGCACCUGCGAGAGAGAGCAUUGAGGUCAGAAUUUUGGUAUUUCAUCCCGAAGAUCGGGACUAG